GCUCUGGGGAGGGCGUGAGGGUGGCGGCUCUAGAGCCCGGCCCUCCCAUAGCUGCGGCGUUCGCGCCGGGCCUGCUCCCGCCGGAGAGGGAAGAUGGCGGCGGCGGGGGAGGGGCGGGGGCGGCCCGCGAGCUGAGGGAGCCGGGUCCGGUCCCGGCGGGAGCGCACUGAAAGGGGAGAGAGCGAAUGCGGUCCUGGGACCCAGGCACGUUCCCGGUGCGGCGAGCUGACACGCAGAGACGCCUGUUCCAGUGGUCGUGGAGCUGGUGGGGUUGAGUUGUUUACACCGGACGUCUCGGUGGCGAAGUUUCGCUCCAGAGCCUGUUCAGGGAGCUCACUCGUGUGAAUGGUCUCACGAUAAUCUGUGUAGUCGUCAGUGAGCAGUGACUGGCGGCAGCAGUGUUUGAGGCCUGGCUGUUUGCUUAGACCAAGUGCUUGCAACGGUCAGGCUGGGUUUUUUGAAUCAGGACUUCUGGAGGUGUCCCAGUGUUCAGUGUCUGGCGGGUCUUCAUUCUAUACCAGUCCUUCCCCUAGGAUGGAACAUGGUGUAAAGUCUGAGUCAUCACUAGCAUUUACAUGUGACUGAAGCCUGGACAGCUCGGAAAAUAAUUCUUAAGGUAUGGAUGAGAAAGGUGACCUGAACCAUGAGGAAGCCCCCAAGGUCAUCAAACCCACCAGUAAAGAGUUUAGGAAAACGUGGGGGUUUCGAAGGACCACCAUUGCUAAACGGGAGGGCGCUGGGGACACGGAGUUAGACUCUGUGGAUCAGCAGCCCCAGCAGCAGCAGAGCCUUUCCUUGCGACGCAGUGGGCGGCAGCCAAAGCGGACUGAGAGGGUGGAGGAGUUUCUCACAACAGUCCGGCGCAGAGGGAGGAAGACAGUGCCUAUCUCCUCUGAGGACCCCAGUGAGUCAACCUCUUGCCCAGUCACAGAUGUCGAAACCGCUUCUGAGGGGAGCGUCGAGAGCUCCUCUGACAGUAAAAGUGGGCCCAAGGUUGGCCCCACAGGCAGUAAGGGACGACCAGCCUCAUCUGCAAAGACCAAAGGAGAUGAUGGUGAGGACGACACCUCCGAUAGUGAUAGCGAUGGGUUGACCUUGAAAGAACUUCAGAAUCGCCUACGAAGAAAGCGUGAACAGGAGCCAGCUGAUAGGGCCCUGAGGGGAGUCCAGAGUCGCCUGAGAAAGAAGCGUCGGGAAGAGGGCCCAGCAGAAGCUGUGGACGUGGAGGUGGCCGAUGCCAUGGAGAGCUCCCCACCCGGCCAGCAAGAGCCGGCAGAUGAACAGGCAGCUAGUAGUGACAGAGAGGGGAAGUCAGAAGGGCGGACGACCCCAGGAGUCAAAGAAGAGGACCCUGGAAGCUCAGUCAAGCACAAGCCCGAGUGUGAGGUGUACGACCCCAAUGCUCUGUAUUGUAUAUGUCGUCAGCCUCACAACAACAGGUUUAUGAUUUGCUGUGACCGAUGUGAAGAAUGGUUUCAUGGCGAUUGUGUGGGCAUUUCUGAGGCUCGUGGAAGGCUCCUGGAGAGGAACGGGGAAGAUUACAUCUGCCCCAACUGCACCAUUCUGCAGGUGCAGGACGAGCCUAACUCAGAAACCACCGACCAGCAGGAAGCGAGGCUGAGACCUGCAGACGCUGACAGCACUGACUGUACAAGUAUCGGGACCAUAGAGCAGAAAUCCAGUGAAGACCAAGGAAUAAAGGGGAGAAUUGAGAAGGCUGCAAAUCCAAGUGGCAAGAAAAAACUCAAGAUAUUCCAGCCUGUCACAGAGUCUCCUGCUGCCGCAAAGUGUAUUGGGCCUGGGUGCUCUAGCGUGGCGCAGCCCGACUCUGUCUACUGCAGCAGUGACUGCAUUCUGAAACAUGCUGCUGCCACCAUGAAGUUCCUGAGUGCAGGGAAGGAGCCAAAACAAAAACCCAAAGAAAAGACCAAGACCAAGACCAAGCCAGAAACACUCGUUCUUCCCAGAUCUAGUGUUGAGGCAGGCAUUAAAGUCUCUUCUGUGCCCAAGAGACCCGCUCCAGACAAGAAAGAGAAUGCCAUGAAGAAGGCAGUGGUGACCCCUGCUCGGACUGAGGUCCUUGUGAAGGAAACGACUUGCGAGAGCAGCACGCCAUCCUGGGCGAGCGACCACAAUUACAAUGCAGUAAAGCCAGAACAGACUGCUGCCCUGUGGCCGUCACUGUUGUAUAAAUUUGCUGUAGCACACACAGAACCCGGCGGCCCCAUGAGGACCCCCUACCUGCCGCCCUGGCCGGCUUCAGAACGGGCUUUUCUGGGUUGGGAUGGUGAGAUGCAGGGUGCACCUGAUGCUGGGACACCGGCCUGGGCAUGUGGAGCCUUCUUCAGCCCAGAGAGCCAGGGUGCUGCUCCUGGAGGUGCUCUGUGCUGCCUGGAUGUGGAUGCAGGGACAACUGUCGGGGUACAUGGUCUGGGACCUUCCAGUAAACCACGUCGAAGUUUGCUCUUCCUCCUCAUGAAAGUAUCAGUAGGUCCUGCGUGCUCUCAGGCCAUGAAGGAAGACCGGCAAGUGGAGAACACGGCAGCUGCGAUGCCGAAGAAAGUGGCUGCUCAGGGCCCUGCUGUGGGCAGCAGGCAGCCUGCAGCCCGGAGUCUCCUUCCAAAGAAGUCCCCUCCUUUCACAAAUGUGACCAAGCCAGUCAUCAGGAAGUUGCCUUCAGGCUUCAAGGGCACUAUACCCAAGAGGCCGUGGCCCUCGGCUGCCCCCUCGGGCAGUGUUCCUGCCACCAAGCAGGCAGGGCUGGUGCCUGGUGCCACCACAUCUACUUCCAAAAAGCUGCCAGGCUCCUCUGCCCCUGGGGGAGCCGCCAGGAAGCCCAUGGUGACAUCUGUCCCCUUGGCCUCUCCAGCCCCAGGACGCCUGGGGGCCUCAAGCACCACCCCAUCACAGCCAAAUUCUCAGAUUCGGCAAAAUAUAAGGCGCUCCUUGAAGGAGAUUCUGUGGAAAAGAGCCAGUGACAGUGAUGACCUCAUGAUGACAGAGAGCGAGGUCGGGAAGGUUGCAUUCCACAUCGAGAAAGAGAUGUUCAACCUCUUCCACGUCACUGACAAUCGCUACAAGAGCAAGUACCGCAGCAUCAUGUUCAACCUCAAGGACCCCAAGAACCAGGGUCUCUUCCACCGUGUUCUGCGUGAAGAAAUCUCUUUGGCCAAACUUGUGAGAAUGAAGCCAGAAGAACUUGUGUCUAAAGAGCUUUCCACAUGGAAAGAGAGGCCGACAAAACCUGUGAUGGAGUCCAGGGCAAGAUUGCACCAGGAAAGUAAAAAGACAGCCGUCAGGCAGGAGGCCAUUCCCGACAUGGAAGACUCGCCCCCAGUCUCGGACUCGGAUGAGCAGGAGUCAGUACGUGCUGUUCCCGAGAAAAGCGCUGCACCCGCUCUGGACCUCUUCAGCAGCAUGUUAAAGGACACGACGGGCCAGCACCGCGCCCACCUCUUUGACCUGAACUGCAAGAUCUGUACAGGUCAGGUUCCAUCAUCAGAAGAUGAACCGGCUCCAAAAAGACAAAAAUUGUCAGCUCCUGCUAAGAAAGAAGAGUCCAAAUCCAAGCACGACAGCUCUGCCUGUGAGCCAGCUCUUAGCUCAGCGGGUGAGGCAGUGCCAGAAAGUCUCCCUGAAAACACCUCUGAGCCAGACCCCGAGAGUGCGUCCCAGACUCUCUCGGAAAGGAGGUACUUAUCCGAGGCUCCAGGAGACGGCCCGCCUGAGCCCUGUGCCCCGGAAGGGCCUUCUUGCCCAGCCUCCUGUGGGGGCACAGUGCUCACCACCGUCACCAUGUCUGGCCGAGACCCCAGGACCGCACAAAGCGCAGCGAGCACCGUCAUGCCUCCUGCCGCAGCCCUCCCAGGCAGCACCCACCUGGCAGAGCCGCCACAGGAAGUCCUAAAGCCUGCUACGACCGCGGUGCUGGUGCCCAAGUCCAUACUAGCCAAGCCGUCCUCCUCCCCCGAGCCCAGAUACCUGCUGUCGGUCCCGCCGUCCCCAAGCAUCAGCACUGCGGCGUCUCGGUCCCCUCCAGAAGGAGAUACGACCCUCUUUCUGUCUCGACUCAGCACCAUAUGGAAAGGAUUUAUUAACAUGCAGAGUGUAGCAAAGUUUGUCACUAAGGCUUACCCCGUCUCUGGAUGUUUUGAUUAUCUCAGUGAGGACCUGCCCGACACUAUUCACAUUGGUGGACGGAUCGCACCCAGGACUGUGUGGGACUAUGUCGGCAAACUCAAAUCCUCUGUGUCUAAGGAGCUGUGUCUGAUCCGCUUCCAUCCCGCCACGGAGGAGGAGGAGGUGGCCUAUAUAUCUCUCUACUCCUAUUUUAGCAGCCGCGGCCGCUUUGGCGUUGUUGCUAACAAUAGUAGGCACAUCAAGGACCUCUACCUGAUCCCACUGAGCUCUGAGGACCCUGUUCCAUCCAAGCUCUUGCCCUUUGAGGGACCAGGUCUUGAGUCACCACGGCCAAACAUAAUCCUUGGGUUAGUAAUCUGUCAAAAAAUGAAACGUCCUUCGAAUGCUGGAGACUCAGACAAGACAGAGGAGAAGCGGGCCCGACUGCAGACACCGGAGGAGACGGACGUGGCGGCCUACCCCAAAGUGCCUCCGGCCUCACAGGCUGAGAAGAAACCCCCCAAGUAUCAGCACAGCUCUGGGGACACAGCUGUCAGCACCACCCCCCCGGGGUCUCCCCCACCCCCGCCCCCUCUGCCAGAACCACCAGCUUCGUCCUCGGUGCUGAAAAUACUGUCCUCCCUCAAGCCAGGAGCCACCAACACCGUCACCGUGCCAACGGCGCCCGCCGCAGUCACAGGGGCUGCUUCCUCUGCCUCGAAAUCAGCUUCGCCGCUGGAACACAUCCUGCAGACUCUGUUUGGGAAGAAGAAAUCAUUUGACCCUCUGGCCGUGGAGUCUGUGGAGUCGGCCUCCACCUCCCGCCCAGACCCCAAGGCCAAGGCUGAGUGCGAGCUGCCAGCAGUGCCUCUGCUGGACCCCAUCGUCCAGCAGUUUGGUCAGCUCUCCAAAGAGAAAGUUCUAGAGGAAGAGGAAGACGACAGACCCUAUGACCCUGAAGAAGAGUACGGUCCUGACAGGGCCUUCGAGACACAGCUCGGGGACCGAGGGAAACGGCACGACGUGGAAAAGGCCUCUGAGACCACUGAGCGGGAGGAGGUGGCCUAUGACCCAGAGGACGAGACGAUUUUAGAAGAAGCCAAAGUGGCCAUCGACGACCUGCCCAACAGGAUGUGCGCAGACGUCAGGGGUUCGGCGGAGAGGCCGGCGGGGUUCGCAGCCGACAUGGCUGCUCCCUCUCUGGUGGAGCAGCAGCAGAUGAUAGAGGAACUUAACAAGCAGAUCGAGGAGCAGAAGAGACAAGUGGAGGAGCAGGAGGAGGCUCUCAGGCAGCAGCGGGCCGCCGUUGGGGCCUCCAUGGCCCACUUCUCAGUGUCGGAUGCGCUGAUGUCGCCGCCUCCAAAGUCCUCACUGCCCAAGGCCGAGCUCUUCCCCCAAGAGCAGCAGGCUGCCGGCAGGCCAGCCGGGCCCCCCACCAGUCAGGGGCCAGGCCCUGGCUCUGACCCAAGACAGAGUCGGGACCCCCGGCAGGCCCGGCGACUGGCCGCGGAGAGCAAUGAGAGUGAGAGCUUCUCGAAGGCCUCGGCCAGCAGCAUACCCAGUGCCCUGCCUACCAGAGAAGCACCCAGCGGGGUGGCCACUACUAGUCAGGGGCCUGUACCUGCCUCAGAGGAAAAGGAGCCCACCCCUCUGCCCUGGGCUCCAGGUGACGGGGCCACCCUGCCAGCCAAGCAGGAUGGCCCCACAGGUGAGCCCUCAGAAAGCCAGGGCCCGCCGGCCACCGACAGCAGCCCUCCCAUGACGGGUGGGCCAGGCCUGGCGCGGCCCGCCCGAAAGGUGCUGCUGCCCACGCCGCCCAGCACCGCCUUCCAGCCCAACUUCUCUAUGCCAGGUGAGGGGCACAAUUUCAGUUCUGCAGGAAGAGACCCAUUUUCAAGCCCAGUGUUUGCGUCUCAGGACAAAUCCUUCGGCUCGUCUCCAUAUGAGGAUCCAAGAAAUGCCCUGUUUGCUGAAAAAAGUGACUGUUCAGCUGUUGAAACUGAAGGAGACAGAGACCCACAGUGCAGACCUGGAGAGGGGGCCAACCCAUUCCCCGCCCCUGGACAGAAAGGGACCCCUCUACCCCAGUUACAGGGCCAGCGUGAGCCUGCACCCCGCACUUUCGGAACAUUGGGACUUCAUGGCCCGAGCUUCCCAGGACCGCGGGGACCAGUGGCUCCGUUUUCAGAAGACGGUGUCAUUUCUAACAACGAUGGAGCAAGAGGGCCUCCGCCAGCCAGAUUUGGAGCUCAGAAGGGGCCCAUCCCUUCCUUAUUCUCAGGGCCACAUGGGCCACCUCCUUACGGGGACAACAGGGGCCCCUCACCCUCUCACCCUGGUGGGCCCAGAGGAUCAGCACCACCCCAAUUUGAAGAACGCAAGGAUCUGCACGGGGAAAAAAGGGAAUUCCAGGACGCCCCAUACAAUGACAUGGCUGGGCCUCCUGCCCAGUUUGAAGGACCAGAACAAGGCCCGUUGGUGGGAAGCAGAGGCGCAGGCCCCUUCCAGUUUGGAGGCCCACGGAGGCCUCUGCUGCCCCCGUUUAAAGGGCCCCGAGGAGGCCCACCUCCGUCUCAGUUUGGGGGUCAGCGGGGACCACCCCCUGGCCAUUUUGUGGGUCCAAGAGGUCCGCAUUCUAAUCAAUUUGAAAGCACCCGGGGCCCCCAUCCCAAUCAGUUUGAUGGGCCCAGAGGUCAAGCCCCAAAUUUCAUGCCAGGACCCAGGGGAAUUCAGCCUCAGCAGUUUGAAGAGCAAAGGGUGAACUCGCCACCCAGAUUUUCGAAUCAGAGGGCCCCAGCACCCCUUCAGUUCGGUGGGCCAAGGGGGUCUGUGCCUUUCCCUGACAAGAGUGAGCCUGCCCCUCCCCGGUUCCACUUCCAGGGCCAGUCCCCUCAAGUGAUGAAGCCGGUGCCCAGACCCCUGCUGGAGCUGCCCAGCCACCCACCCCAGCACCGCAAGGACCGGUGGGACGAGGUGGGCUCAGCCCCCAACCUGCCCUCGGGGGCUCCCGGACCAGCCCCCGAGGCCGAGGCGCAGUGGGCCCCAUCCAAAGGCCCGGAGUACAGAAACCAGCCCAGGCCCAAAGAGAAGCUGCUGGAUGAGCCUGAGGGCCAGCCUGAGAGCCGGCAGGGCCGCACCUUCGAGGACCGACGGCGGGAGCGGGAGCACGAGCACGGGAAGCCCUGGGAGCGGGAGCGCAGCAGAAACUGGAGCCGGGAGCGGGACUGGGACCGGGGUCGGGAAUGGGACAGACACCGUGAGAAGGACUCCGGCCGAGAGCGCAGUGCAAACAGAGACCGGGAGCGGGAGCGGGAGUGGGACCGGAGCCGGGAGCGCAGCCGGAACAGGGACCGGGACCGGGACCGGAGGCGGGAGCGGGAUAGGUCUCGCAGUAGAGACCGGGACCGUGACAAGGGCCGGGAGCAUGAGCGAGGCGGAGACCGCAAGGACCGCAGCAAAAGCAAGGAAAGCACUCGGGAUCCAAAGGCUGAGGCCCUGGCCCCGCGGGCCACCGAGCCCGCUGCCCACACCUAGGCCUGGCCGCAGCUGGGCACUUUCUCUUGAAAGCCAAGUUCAUAAAAUGUGUUGAACAAAUUGUUUUUGAAAUAGCUAUAAACGUAGAUGAAGAAUAGAAUAUUCUGGACUUCAAAAAUUACUGUAAUUUUGUGUAUGAUGGUUUCCUACAAAAUUUCACAUCUUUACAAUUCUGAUGCUUUUUUAAAGAAAUGUAAGAACUCUUAAUUUUUCCAUUUAAAAUUACUGAAAUGGGAAAGUGUCUACAGAAGCAUAUUGCUUUUCAGAUUAUAAAGUUAUCUUUUCCAAUAACUUGACUGACUAUGGUAAAUUUUAAGGGAAUUCUGUGGACCUCAGAGCCAUACCUUUGCUGACACCUCGUCUGUAUUUCUAGGUUUCCAAACGCUGUUUCUGCAGGUUUCGCCGGCUCUGGAGGGUGGUGUGCUUCGUGGAAGCGCCCUCGGCGGGCCGCGUGUGCGCACCAGAGCCGUGCUGUGAGCCCUCUGAAAUGGAGACACACAACCUUCCGAAUGCGGUUUCCUUUUUUCCUAAAGAGAUUUGAUGAGAAAUUUCAACCAGGAAACACAUUGUUUCUUAGUUGUGCUCAGUUUUUUAUAUGUCACCUCAUACGUUUUCUUUUUUUCAAAAACAUUAAAAGCAACAUCUGUUUGAGUACAAAUGGUUGCAUUUUAAAUAACAAUUUAUUGGAAAAGGUUUCGAUUUUACCAGCCUAAAGGUAAGAAAAUAUACCAAUUAAGUGUACUUUGAAGGGGGGUUUCUUUUAUCUCAGUAAUCAGGAACAUUUUGUUUGUUGAACUUCACCUUCUGCACAGUUCUUCCUUCGUCCCAGGAAAAGUGCACUAGCUCUAAACCGUUAUAUUUGUCAGGGGGUAAAUUUUAAAGUUUGUCUUUGAAAACAAAACAAUAUUUGUAUAAACUCUGAGAUGGAAAAUAGUGAUAUUAGUUCAAGAACGAGCAAGUAGAAAGCAUCCACUGUGAGAUGGUGCGCUGCUUCUUGCUGUGUAUUUUUCAAGUUCUGAGGUGUGAGAAAGAGAAAACCUUGCUAAUUUAUUUGACUGUACAAAUACACUUUGAUAAUUUUUUUAUAUUUUCAUAAACUUACUUUUGCAAAUGUAAAA